CAAGGUUGCACUUGCAGUUAUAACAGCAGAACGCGACUGGAGCUUCGUUUACGCGCAAACAGAGAGCAGCCCGAUCAGCCGAGGCUCUGCCGAAACUUCUCCCGUUUCUAUUUGCACACCCCGGAGGAAUCUCUCACCUCUCAGGAGCAACCAUGGAUGAAAUGGAGGAAGAGUUAAAAUGCCCUGUUUGCGGCUCAUUUUACCGGGAGCCCAUCAUACUGCCGUGCUCCCAUAACAUUUGCUUAGCCUGUGCUCGGAAUAUUCUCGUGCAGACCCCCGACGCCGAGUCUCCACAGAGCAGCCGAGCCUCCGGGUCCGGGGUCUCCGAUUAUGAUUAUCUGGAUUUGGAUAAAAUGAGUUUGUAUAGUGAGGCGGACAGUGGCUACGGUUCCUACGGGGGCUUCGUGAGCGCUCCGACCACCCCUUGCCAAAAAUCACCGAACGGGGUUCGGGUUUUCCCCCCGACUGUCCCUCAGCCGCAGCAGCAGCACCUUCUACCGCACCCCGGCUCCUUAACUCCGAUCCCUCGUAACUCCUGCAUCACCUGUCCGCAGUGUCACCGCAGCCUCAUCCUGGACGACAGGGGACUCCGCGGGUUCCCCAAGAACAGGGUGCUGGAGGGGGUGGUGGACAGGUAUCAGCAGAGCAAAGCGGCCGCUCUCAAAUGUCAGCUCUGCGAGAAGAGUCCAAAGGAGGCCACCGUGAUGUGCGAGCAGUGCGACGUCUUCUACUGCGACCCGUGCCGCCUGCGCUGCCAUCCUCCCCGCGGUCCACUCGCCAAGCAUCGCCUGGUGCCGCCGGCGCAGGGGCGGAUAAGUCGCCGCGCCAGUCCCCGCAAAAUUUCCACUUGCACAGAGCACGAACUGGAGAAUCUUAGCAUGUACUGUGUACAGUGCAAGAUGCCUGUAUGUUAUCAGUGUUUGGAGGAAGGGAAACACGGCACGCAUGAGGUCAAAGCUUUAGGCGCAAUGUGGAAACUGCACAAGGGUCAACUGUCCCAGGCCCUCAACGGCCUGUCAGAUCGAGCCACUGAGGCCAAAGAGUUCCUGGUUCAACUAAAAAAUAUGGUCCAGCAUAUCCAGGAGAACGGUGUGGAGUUUGAGGCUUGCUUGGUGGCGCAGUGCGACGCCCUCAUCGACGCCUUGAACCGGCGCAAGGCCCAGCUGCUGUCUCAAGUAAACAAAGAGCACGAACACAAGCUGAAGGUGGUGCGAGAUCAAAUCUCCCACUGUACAGUAAAGUUGCGUCAGACCACAGGCCUGAUGGAGUACUGUUUGGAAGUCAUCAAGGAAAAUGACCCCAGUGGCUUCCUGCAGAUCUCUGAUGCUUUGAUUCGGAGAGUCCACAUGACAGAGAGUCAGUGGGGAAAGGGGACCCUAACCCCCAGGAUGACCAGUGACUUUGACCUCACUCUGGACAGUGGACCUCUCCUGCAAACAAUCCACCAGCUGGACUUUGUACAGAUGAAAGUCCCAGCAGCUCCCAUGCUCCAGCUGGAGGAAUGCUGCACUCAGAACAACAGCGCCACAUUGUCAUGGAAACAGCCACCACUCUCCACCAUCGCCGUGGAAGGAUACAUCCUAGAGCUGGACGAUGGAAACGGGGGGCCAUUCAGGGAAGUGUACGUGGGGACGGAGACCAUCUGCACAGUGGACGGGCUCCACUUCAACAGCACGUACAAGUCCAGGGUGAAGGCCUUCAAUGCCAGCGGAGUGGGCCAGUACAGCAAGACACUGAUCAUGCAGACCUCUGAGACUGGACUCCCUCCAUGUGAUAUUCAGUCUAUAGGCACAGUUGCUUGGUUCACCUUUGACCCGGCGUCCGCUCACCCUGACAUCAUCUUCUCCAACGACAACCUGACGGUGACGUGCAACAGCUAUGAUGACCGAGUGGUCUUGGGGAACACUGCUUUCUCUCGAGGUGUUCAUUACUGGGAAAUGACCGUUGACCGCUAUGACAACCACCCUGACCCAGCCUUCGGCAUCGCUCGGAGUGACGUCCUGAAGGAUGUGAUGCUAGGGAAGGAUGACAAAGCCUGGGCCAUGUAUGUGGACAAUAACCGCUCCUGGUUCAUGAACAACAACUCACACACCAAUAGGACAGACGGUGGCAUCACUAAAGGAGCUACAAUAGGAGUGCUGCUGGACUUUACACGUGGGCUUCUCAUCUUCCUCGUGAACGAUGAGCAGCAGGGCCCAGUGGCAUUCGAAGGCUUGGAGGGCGCUUACUACCCCGCUAUCAGCCUCAACCGAAACGUCCAGGUCACACUGCACACUGGUCUACCCAUCCCUGACUUCUACACUCCUGGGGAGGCUGAUCCAACUGGCUCAGUGUGCUGAAAACUCAACACCAUCCGAUUUAAGGAAACCUCCCCAGCUUUCCCGAGGUUCCUCCUGCCAGUCAGAAACUCUUUAAUACCCUCGCCAACUUCUUCUUCCCUUCUCCUUCUCUUUUGUUCCUGACCAACUGACCCCAAGCAAUCUGGAAGAGGUCCCAUCCAGCGCUGAGCCAUGCCUUUAUCAUGCCUAAACCCCAGACUCGUGGUCCAUCCUUAGGACACUGUCAGUAUGGAGGGUGCUUUGCUGUCUGUACCCUGUAUUUUGAUAUUAUGAUGUGUUCCAGUUAGUUGAAGAAGAAGAUUUCCCAGCUGAUGGACUUGGAAUGUUUUUAGGAAAGUGUUUAUAAUGUGGGCUUCAAUUAAUAGUUUGACAUUUUUGGGAAAUACACUCAUUUGUUUUGCUUUUGUUUUUCCAAGACUUAGAUUUGGAUUAUGGAGCCCAUCUUAACAUAGCUUAUCAUAAAGACU